UAAACAAAUAAAACCCAAGUUUAAUUUAGGUGCCAAAUCAAAAACCCGCAUCAUAAUUAUGCUUAAAUUACCCCUAAAACAGUUUUCUAUAUCUCAAUAUUUAUAUCUAUCAUUACCUUGAUUUCUUUUUUGGUAUCAUCACCAUUUUUCCCCCUCUCAUUUACAAAUUGCUCUCAGAAAAACUUAACCUCAAGAAUCCUGUAUGAUUAAGCUAUGGAUUUAAUCACAACAACCGCAAGAACAAGCAACCCUCCUCAUACCUCCAUAUCUCCUGAAUCAGAUACAGAUACUGAAACCCCACUUCAGACCCACCUCUCAAAAGCCUUGUCUCUCACUAACGGCUCAUUAAUCCGCCAACACCAUAAUCCACCAGAACCACAACAACCCAUGGUGGUUUCUUACAAAGAAUGUCUCAAAAACCAUGCUGCUAGUCUUGGUGGUGUAGCUUUAGAUGGCUGCGGCGAGUUUAUGCCUACUCCUAGUGCUACCCUUUCAGACCCUACUUCUCUUAAAUGUGCUGCUUGUGGUUGCCACCGUAACUUCCACCGCCGCGACCACUUUCCACCACCAACACUUCCGGCAGUACUUUACUGGACGUCAAGCCCAAGUCCUAGUUCAGGCCCCAGUCCAAGCCCAUCAUCACCAGCAUCACCAACACCACAACAAUCCGUUUACCCAUCUGCACCACACAUGCUAUUGGCUUUAAGCACAGGUCAGUCAGGUCUUGUUGAUGAGAAUCGGCAUCAGAAUCCAGGUUUGAAUCCAAUGGUGAUGAACCCAUAUGGGAGAAAGAGAGCAAGAACCAAGUUUAGUGAAGAACAAAGAGAAAAGAUGCAAUCUUUUGCUGAAAAGUUAGGGUGGAAAAUGUUAAGAGGAAAUGAUGAGAAAAUGGUUGAGGAUUUCUGUAGUGAAGUUGGGGUUAAAAGAAAUGUCUUUAAAGUUUGGAUGCAUAAUAACAAGCAUAGAAGAGAAAAAGGUAAUGGUCAUAACAAUAACAACAAAUCUAAUGUUGAUGGUGAUGAGGGAAUCGGGUCUGUGACUUAUAACAACAACAACACUAACAGCAGCAGCAACAACGGCUAUGACAGUCUUGAUAGGUACCAGAUUGAGAGUAAAGUCGGUGUUCGUGGUUCUACUACUGAUGGGUCUUCUCCUUCAUCAUCUUGAUCUAAAGAUAGAGAAAGAAAGAAAGAAAGAAAAGAAAAGAAACAGAAGCUUGCUAGUAAGCAUGGGGAUUAAUUAUUCACUUUUCUUCUUUUGUUUUCUUUUCUUGUUUUUCUUUCCAUUUUCUGUUUUCUUCUUUUUUGGCCGGUGUUAUCUGUUUCUUGCUUUCUUGAUAGUGAUCACUAACAGUGAGGGACCGGAAAGUCAGAAUAGAAGCUAGGAUGACAAAUUGAAGAGAAAUUGCUUCUCUUAUUAAUUAGAUAGCUAUUAUCUGUUGACUGAUCUCUAUUAACAUGCUUCUUAAUCACCAAAUGUUAAUGUCUUGUGCCUAUUCUUCUCA